GACAUCGGCGUCUCAGUCUGGAGAUUCUUCAGACAUGAAACCUCGAGUCGUGACUUACGUGGACCGAAAGCUGAAAAGGCGCAUCGAACAGUACCUGAGCAGUAAUGAAUGUGGAAAAUAUGUGGACGUUGGUACCUUAGCAUCCAAUUUGCAAGAAAUGUAUAGUGUAGAUUAUGGCCGGAGGAAGAGAAAUGCUUUUAGAAUUCAGGUAGAAAAAGUUUUUAGCAUAAUCAAGAGAGAGAAAGAACUUGAAGACUUAAGUGAAUUAGAAGAUGAACACCUGGCAAAAAGAGCAAGAAAAAGUCAAGAGUUCAAUGAAUAUAUAGCAAACAAAACAGAUGAUGAUUCAGAUGUGGAAGAUUUCCCAGAUCAACAGUCUGCAAAUCACAUGAACAACUCUCUGCUGUCAUUGUACCGGAAAGGAAAUCCUGACAUUUUACCAGAAAGUCCUGCAGUUGAACAAGGCAAAAAUAGUCUCUCUGUGCCAAAGAAUGUCUCGACAACACCUACUUUUACCAGGGUUUCUGAAGGUGGAUGGUUUAUUGACAAAACCCCAAGUGGAAAGAAAGAGAAUGCUUUUUUAGACCUUUCAGAUGAGCACGGCAACCAUAAGAAGCCAGUUUCUAAGUUACAGGAUCCAAAAGAUGAUUCUCUUCUGGAGAAUGAAAGAAAAAGAAAAAACAGGCUUAAGAGAACCAAAAGAAAAACUGAGGCUCUUCAGGAAGUAGAUGGAGAAAUAGAAAAUGUUUUGCAAAAAAAAGCCAGAUCUCAAACACUAGAGCUACAGAUCCCAACUGUGAAGUUUGAAGAUGUAGGGGGCAAUGAUGUGACACUGAAGGAAGUGUGCAAGAUGCUUAUCCAUAUGCGUCAUCCUGAAGUAUACCACUACCUUGGUGUAGUACCACCUAGAGGAUUUCUUUUACACGGACCUCCAGGUUGUGGAAAAACAUUACUUGCACAAGCAAUUGCUGGGGAGCUUGAGCUGCCAAUUCUUAAAGUUGCUGCUACUGAGAUUGUGUCUGGAUUGUCAGGGGAGUCUGAACAGCAGCUGAGAGCACUCUUUGAACAGGCGGUGUCAAAUGCACCUUGCAUCCUUUUUAUUGAUGAAAUUGAUGCUAUCACCCCCAAAAGAGAAGUUGCUUCAAAAGACAUGGAACGGAGAAUUGUGGCCCAGCUCCUAGUCUGCAUGGAUGACCUGAAUAAUCUGGCUGCUACGGCACAGGUUUUAGUAAUUGGAGCUACCAACAGACCAGACUCACUGGACCCGGCGUUGAGACGUGCAGGAAGGUUUGACAGAGAAAUUUGCUUGGGUAUUCCAGAUGAAGCAUCCAGAGAAAGAAUUCUUCAGACUUUAUGCAGAAAGAUGAAGCUCCCUGAGGCUUUUGAUUUUCAUCACUUAGCCCACCUUACACCAGGCUAUGUUGGUGCUGAUCUAAUGGCACUGCGUCAAGAAGCAGUCAGCUGUGCGGUUGACAGGGUCUUGUUAAAGCUGAACAUGUUGGAGCAAAAAGAUGUCCAGUCUGGAGGUGUGACAGCUGAGGGAAGCCAGGUAGAGCUAAUGGAAACAGAAGAUGGUUCAAAACCACAGGACCUUCCUGUAAAGAAUGAAUUGCUGAGACUACUAGAGUUGCUAAAGGACCAAAACUCCAUCCCAGAAGAGCAGCUGCAAAUGCUGUGCAUAGAAAUGAAUGAUUUCAUUAUUGCUUUGUCCAAAGUACAGCCUUCUGCUAAGAGAGAAGGCUUUGUCACUGUUCCUAAUGUGACAUGGUCAGAUAUUGGAGCCCUGGAAGAUAUUCGAGAAGAGCUCACCAUGGCAAUAUUGGCCCCGUUGCGUUAUCCAGAUCAGGUUAAAGCUCUUGGAUUAAUGACUCCAGCUGGUAUCCUUCUUGCCGGGCCACCAGGCUGUGGCAAGACCCUCCUGGCAAAGGCUGUUGCAAAUGAAUGUGGACUGAAUUUUAUUUCUGUGAAGGGCCCUGAAUUGUUAAAUAUGUAUGUUGGGCAGAGUGAAUCAGCUGUGCGACAGGUUUUCCAGCGUGCCAGAAAUUCAGCACCAUGUGUCAUCUUUUUUGAUGAAAUAGAUGGAUUGUGCCCUCAGAGAGCAAAAGUGGAGUCUGCUGUCAGUGACCGGGUGGUGAGUCAACUUCUUACAGAGAUGGAUGGUGUAGAAUCCCGGCAGCAGGUUUACAUCCUGGCAGCCACCAACAGGCCAGAUUCUAUUGACCGGGCCAUCCUUCGUCCUGGCCGGCUGGAUAAAACCCUUUUUGUGGGUUUGCCAUCCCCUGCCGAUCGUUUUGCCAUCUUGAAAACUAUCACAAAGAAUGGAAAGACACCUCCCCUGGAUGUUUCUGUCAGCCUAGAGGCUAUUGCUCACGACCCUCGAUGUGACUACUUCUCUGGUGCUGAUCUUUAUCUUCUAAUACGAGAAGCUUCCAUCUGUGUUUUGAGACAGGAAAUGGCAAGUCACAAGAGUGGCAGUAAAAAAGGAGAAGUCAAGGUUAGACAGGAGCACUUUGAAGAAGCUUUUAAGAAAGUGAAACCCUCAACAUCAAAAGAGGAUCAAAUAAUGUAUGAAAAACUUCGGCAAUCCCUCAGCUGAUGGUGUCACUCUCUGUAUUUCGGUCUGUGGAAGAAUGUGUUGGUCACAUCAUAUGUCUAUAUGGCAAAGAAGACCUUGACAUUUUCGCUUGAUAGUUUGCCUUUUUAAGAUGGUCCAGACACAGCUAUGGUUUCAAAUGUGAGCUGCUUAAUACCAAAUGGUAAACAUAAACAACUGCUGAGGAUCCCCUUAUUUCUCUGAAAUUUUAUGCAGCAACAGUCAAGCAUUUUACCUUUUUGGAAAGUAAAGGAAUCAAAAUGAAAUAGAUUAUAUGUUUAUGCUUUGUUUCUUCAAUUGAAUCUAUUUUACUUUUGCUAACUAUAGAUGAGUUGUCUUCCAACGGAAGAGCCUUUUAGUUUUGGAACAAUUUUUCUUUUAGAAAAAGUUUUGUUUUAAGAUAGUGAUCUGAGGUCUGGUCCUCACCCUAUUUGUUAAGACUUUGGAUAGUCACUCAGAACUUCUCCACAUCUCAAUUUGCUCAUCCCUGUAACCUGGAACUAUUAUCUGCCCUGCCUUUCUCACAUGGUUGAAAUAGAUCAAAUGAAAUUUAUCUAUGAGUGCUUUAUAAAUUGUAAAUUUUGAGGCAAUCCCGCCUUUGGAGGGGACCUAGAUUUCCAAAUUUGGAGGCGGAAAGUGAUCUUUGGUAAGGAGCUACUUCAGGUUUAGCAUACUGUCUAAAGAAAACUGCUACCCCAACUGGAAGUGUGUGUGUGUGUGUGUGUGUGUGUGUGUGUGAGAGAGAGAGAGAGAGAGAGAGGAAAAGGAGGAAGGAAAGAGGUCCUAAAUGAAAUGAUCAGGUAGAGAAAAAAGAAACUUGAUUAUGGAUUGGGUGAAAGGAAAAGUUGUUGACCUUGAAGGAUUCUGACAGCCAUCAAGUUUUGACAUUUUUCUCUAAAUGAUUUAAAGUAGAGGUGAACAGGGACACUACCUGCCCUCUCCUUUUUUUGUUCUUUGUGAGUAUUGUUUAAGCCUAAAGUUUAUCUAUUCUGUGAUUUGUAUUGUUUGCAUUACUGUAGUUAUCAUUGAGUCAUAGUAUUAUAUUGGCCACACAUUUUCCCCAGCUCUAGUAUAAUCUCACUGAAUGGUUAUAAAGAUGACACAUUGUUGGGAAGAUGAAAAGAAAAUGAUAAAGUGACUAAGACAAACAGAACAGUGAAUAAAACAUCUUUGAAUGGACAGAAAUGUAAAAAAAAAAAAAAAAA